UAUAUUUGAUCGACAAAUCCGCGGUUACACUGGGAAUUUGCUUUUGUUUACGUUUUAAAAUGGGGAAAAGCGAGAAAAAGUCAAAGAAAAAGCACAAGGAGAAGCGCAAGCAGCACAAGGAGAAGCACAAGUCCAAGAAAUCUAAAAAGCACACCAAGCAAAGAGACGCAACUCCUCCCCUACCGAUCCAAGCGGCGCCGCAAGAGCAGCCUGCGCCGCCGGACAUGAGCAGCGAUGAAGAUUUUGCCAUACCAAUAGCACUGAUGAAUAGCAAAUCCCAUGCGCCCGAGACACCGGAGGAGUAUCAGCGCCGCCAGAGCCAGAUACGUCGCGAGGUGGAUCCCGUGACCGGACGCAUACGCCUCAUCAAGGGCGACAGCGAGGUGCUGGAGGAAAUCGUGAGUAGAGAGCGCCACACGGACAUCAACAAGAAGGCCACACGUGGCGAUGGCGAGUACUACGAGUCCCGAUCUCUCGACGCGGCACGCCGCAAAAAAUGAAACCAAAGUAAAACACGCAGAAAAAACAAAACACUUAAAUUAUUAGUAUUAAUUAAUAACUGUCCGUUUAAUAAACAAAUGCUAGCUCGGAGACUAUGUAUAUACACGUGAAA